GGUCCGUCGGUGUGAUCUUGAAAAAAAGACAGAAAAGGAUAUUCUGUACUGGGGGCAGUGUUUUUUCCAACAAAUUUCGUACGCGUCCCCCUCCGUGUGGAAGUUAAAUUCUUAUCAAAAAGCGUCGAAGAACUUUCGUGAAUCAAAUUAGAAGCACACGCAAAGUGUGUAUGUACGUGUGUGUGUGUAUCGCAGUCCGGUGAAAAGUUUCUUCUUGUAGCGUUGCUGAUGUAAAGGAAAGGAAGGAAAAGACGUAAAUAACAGCACAAAAAAAAUGCAGCUCUAGUUGACUACAGGCGCCAUUGCAGACAUCCGGAAAACCGUCCUUAAUAAACACACGCAGCCGCCUCCGUCGAAGUGUAUCAAAAAGAGAAACCGAACUGCUUACUUCAGCACGAUGAAUCCAUUGGUCCGCAAACAAUCUGGGCAAGGAUGCCAAGAACGUUUAAUUGAUUGAUUAAAAACGGAUAAGGAUCGGGCGGAAAAUAAGGAAAUCGCCAGUCAACGGUACCACCGGGCGUGUGGGUGUUGCCGGUUUGCGAGAAAGCGAGAACAGAGGACCGAUGUAUAAUGCUCGCUGCUGUGUCCACGGGCUUGGGAAGCAAUAUUAAAAGUGGCUAUGAGCGGACGUCCUUGUUGGAAACACCCGGCAGUAGCCUCAAUUUUGUACGCUAUUUUACCAAACCCUCCGUUGGAGUUUUAAGAAGCAGAUCGACACGAUAAAUCAACCCAAAGCAGGUACUCUUCAGCCAACAUCUCUACGGCCAAGCAGAAGGUCAUCGAGCCGGACCUUGGUGGGAUGAAAUUAAUAAUAAUUAUGUUUUAAUUAAAUCAUCUUGAUUAUCCGUACCACUAGAGGAGGUAGAACGGCCAAGACUGGCGUAAGGCUAUUUGCUAGAAAUUUCUGGGAACGGAAAGCACACCCCGACUCAAGGCCUUCGACCACAUUCCCUCGUCCGUGUAGCCUUACUGCAAGAGUAGUUAUCCCGGUUCCUGGAAUCUUCACUCGAUCGCCGGCAGGACGACAAGCGUUCGAGCAUUUUCGGUGCACUAUGAGUUAAGUCAGUUGGAGUUAUCGGUUCCAUGACACCGUGUGGUGUGAAAAAGCUGUACUUGCUGCUAUUAUCAUCGAACGAUUACUGUGGUCUGAUAUAAAUACUUCACCGUCGAGUCUUCAUGCCGCAACGUGCAACGCGAGGGAGUUGCGGCUUUUAGGACAUUGUGUGCUGCGAUAGACCAUCCUAGCCGGACAGUGAUUUUUUGCUUCAAAAUGACUAUAGAGACUGCGCCGCAAAGCGAGCGUAAAACAUCAAGCAAACCCAACGAAAGCGGAACUGGCCAGCACAAUGCACUAUGGCCAUGCCGGCCCGUUACGUCCGAGUUACAAAUGCGGGAACGAAUUUCUAUGUGCAGCUACGCACCGGAUAGCAGCUACACAGGAUAUCGAUCGAUAUAUCAACUUUCGGAGGAUCGCAUUAGUGUAGCGUCAUCGGCUGCUAAAAGUGACAGUGAACACCAUUGGCUGCCGACAGAACUCGAUCGCGAUGGUACAGUAACGCGCAUCGCUUCCGAUUGCAGCGCUGGUGGCAGUGGCAGGAGUAGUUGUUCCAAUGCCGUUUUACUGUCACGGCGACCGCGAUGGCAUGCACUAUACCAGCAGCAGCACCUCUGUCCGCGAGCCUCUCAGUGGAGUCGCAUCAUCCAGUUUCAAUUAGGGCUAGUGUUAUCGGUAGUUUUAGUAUUAAGCGGCAUCAAUUCCGCGGUUAACUGUGAUGAAAAUGUAACGAUCGGUGUAAGUGGUGGGAAAGUAAACGUGGGGUUACUAUCAGGCAUUUUGGCUAACGUCAGCAGCAGCCACAGCGGUGAUAAAGCGAGCAUGUUGGAAUCGAAUGAAAUCGAAGAGAUUCUGGACGGAGUACUUCACUUCACACAUCACUGGGCUGUGCAUAUACCGGACGGAGAUCAGCAAGGCCUAGCUGACCGAGUCGCGGCCGAGCACGGUUUCAUCAAUCGUGGCAAGAUUUUCCACGAACACUACCACUUCGAGCACAGUCGACUGCACAAACGCUCGCUGAAUCCUUCCAAACCUCACCAGCAACGGUUGGAAUCGGACCGAAGAGUUCGUUGGGCGAAACAACAGAGAGCCAAAUCGCGUCAGAAGCGCGACUUCCGACCGUUGACGAAAUCGUACCAGCUGCCCAUCCAACUAAAUGACCCGAAAUGGCCCGAAAUGUGGUAUUUGAACCGCGGCAAUGGGCUGGAUAUGAAUGUGAUCCCUGCAUGGAAGGAAGGUGUAACGGGGACAGGAGUCGUGGUAACGAUUCUGGACGAUGGGCUGGAAUCGGAUCAUCCAGAUUUGGAGCAUAACUAUGAUCCCUACGCCUCGUACGAUGUAAAUAGUUCGGACAACGAUCCGAUGCCACAUUACGAUCUAACCGACUCAAACCGUCAUGGAACGCGGUGCGCUGGUGAAGUAGCGGCCACGGCGAACAAUUCGAAGUGUGCGGUUGGAAUUGCCUACGGCGCGAAAGUCGGUGGUGUGCGAAUGUUAGACGGAGACGUGACUGAUAUUGUGGAGGCUCGCUCACUGGGUCACAACUCACAGCACAUAGACAUCUACAGCGCCUCCUGGGGCCCGGACGAUGACGGGAAAACAGUGGACGGACCGGGAGAACUGGCAACGCGCGCCUUCAUUGAGGGCGUUCGUAAUGGACGUGGGGGCAAGGGUUCAAUAUUUAUCUGGGCUUCCGGCAACGGUGGUCGCGAGCAUGACAAUUGUAACUGUGAUGGCUACACCAACUCCAUCUGGACGCUUUCGAUAUCGUCCACGUCAGAGGAGGGUCAGGUGCCUUGGUUCUCGGAAAUGUGUAGCUCAACGCUAGCGACGACGUACAGUAGCGGAAACUCUAAUGAAAAGCAAGUGAUUACAACGGAUCUUCAUCAUACCUGCACUUCUUCCCACACGGGCACUUCGGCAUCGGCUCCUCUAGCAGCCGGCAUUGCGGCGCUGGUUCUAGAAGCCAACCGUAAUCUAACCUGGCGUGACCUCCAGCAUAUCGUCGUCCGAACGGCAAAACCGGCUAACCUAAUCGAUCCGAACUGGUCGGUGAACGGUGUCGGCCGAAGAGUGUCCCAUUCGUUCGGUUACGGCCUAAUGGAUGCAGCGGCCAUGGUCCGUUUGGCACGCACCUGGAAAACCGUUCCGGAGCAGCAGGUCUGCGAAAUCAACGCUCGACAUCUGGACAAACAAAUACCUCCCCGAACCAAAGUGAACAUGCAGCUGACCGUGGAGCACUGCAUGGGCGUGAACUAUCUGGAGCACGUACAGGCAAAAAUCACCCUCACUUCGCAACGCCGAGGUGAUAUCAAAAUUUUCCUGACCUCGCCAUCUGGAACGCGGGUCACGUUACUAACGCCAAGAUCUCACGAUUCGUCGCGGUCUGGGUUUAAUCAAUGGCCGUUCAUGUCGGUGCAUACGUGGGGAGAAGCACCGCACGGUACCUGGCAGCUGGAGAUCCACAACGAAGGUCGUUUGUUAGGAUACUCGGUUUUGCGAAGCUGGUCGUUGGUGCUGUACGGUACGAACAUUCCACCGGAUCCGAAUGAUCCAUCGAAUGUCUCGCGACCGUAUUCAACACCAUCGCCCGCACUGCCACCGAUUCUACCCGCCGCUGGGUUCAAAGGCUAUACGGUCAGCAGUGGAGGAUCAAAGAAUUACUACUCUCCGGCAUCAUCGUCGUCGACAUCUUCCUCGACUGGCACAGUAGGAAUGUCGGCUGUGUCUUCGUCCUCGGUCGCUUCAAAACCAAACCGCAAACAGCAACAGCUACAGUAUCAGACCCAGUAUCACCAAUCGGGUUCAUCGGUAUCGGUUCAAUACGGAAUAACUGCUGCCUACAGUAAUGGCGGUGGUGGUACCAGCAGUAGUAGCAGCAACAUGAACAACAACAACAACAACAACAGUGGCAAUAGUAAUCGUGGCAACAAAGGAAAAAACAACAAAAAUAAGUCGAAUAAGAACUCUUCGAAAACCACAACCGCACGGCCUUCGUUAGCGGUAGUUAACCAACAGACCGCGGUAAACAUGUACCUCCACAACUAUGGCGGCGGAAACACGAACGCUGGUGGGCGAAAAAACCCCUCCUCAAAGCAAAAGCCACCGCCACCAUUGCAAACUAUUAAUUACGGCAAAGGGGACAAAUACCAUGCGGUGACCUCGAAUACACAGGAUAAGCAGAUCGCUAUCAAGGCCCCGAAACAAGUCAAACAAAAUGGCUUUCAAUCCCCCUCGAAGUUACCCGCUUCCGUCCAAUCCUCUGCUUCGGCAGGGUCGGUUCGCAAGACCACAACCACCACCGCAACAACGGCUGCCGCUGGCAGUGGCACAUCAACAACGCUGUCAUCGUCUUCAUCGAUGGUACAGCAAGGUGCCACCAUGGUGGGGGGCAGUGUACUACCUUCCGGUAGCAUAGGCGCAUCAACGGUUUCGUUCGGUGGUAACACCGUAACGGCAAGCCCAGCAUACAAUGACCGCUAUCCGGCUGCAUCCUCCAUCAAUGCACGCAUACCGGAGGUCUUCCAGCAGUACGACAAAAUACAGCAGUUUUAUCCCGAGCUGCAGCCCUAUUCUUCCAUCCGGGAUGAACACGAUCCGCACGUGCCACCACUGUCCGAGGGAUCGGCAGGUCAAAUGCCACCGCUACCACCGCCGGUGGUGAAGCUUAAUUCUGCGACAAGUUCAAGCUCUGGCGCAAGCAACAACAACUUCCAAUUCCAAACGUCUGGCAAAGGGACGAUGAUUUCCGGUUCGAAACUAUCGGCACCAUCCGGGUUUGCGCCCGGUUCAGGUGGAACUUCUGGUGGUGCUUCUUCCCUCGGCAAACCGUCGCGUGCCAAAAUCUUUUUUCCCGACUCCGACAUCAUUGAUGCGAUACCGCGCAAAAUUUCGUCCAGUUUACAGCCAAUUCCACCCUCUUACGUGUCUUCGCCGUACUACAGUCGCACGCAGAGCUCCUUCAUUUCGUCUUCCAAUGACCAGAAGCACGGAAAGGCUCAAAUCACGCAAUGGGAUCUUAUAUUCUACGGUACGGAAACGCCUGCCCAGCCGAAUGAUCCUGUACGAUUCGGUAAACCUGGCUAUGACAGUAAUUUCGGCGGUGAAGUAGAACAUAACGCCCUGGAGUUUGAUAGUGGUGUCACGAGCGACCAGUGGCGAGAUAUGCAGCAAAUCGGUGAGGGACACAGCGAGGUACAGCGGACCUCAUCCAACGACGUGACGGCGGUAUCCUGCGCACGAUUUGAUGCCGCCAGCUGCAUAGAAUGCAAAGCAACCGCGUACCAUUACAAAGGCCACUGCUAUAUUCAAUGUCCCCCGGGGACGUAUCCCUCGGCACCGAUUGCUUCGGAAGUUAAUGGUGCGUCCCAUCAAGCGGACAUCGACGAAAUAGCAACCAACGGUCAGCGACCACUGCCACCGUCAUCGCUUCGCCGACGCCGAGAGCAACACGUGGUCGAUGCGCUGAUGAACAGCCUUUCGCCUAACACCUCCAACCGGCCGAAUUCCACCAGCGGCAACCUCCCCCGAUGCCUCCAGUGCCAUACCACCUGCCUCAAAUGUACCGGUCCGAAGGCGACCGACUGUACCGAGUGUCAGGCUGCCUUCCGCUCCCAACCGAUUGCAUCCGGUGGCGAAAGUCACAUUUGUGUGUCAAUCAACGACAAGCGGGGCCAGCAGUUGGGUGCCUCGAGUAAUGGUUCUUCUGGUCAACCGAAAACAUCCGAGGCCGGUUUAUCGCCAACGACGCAACCCGCCGUAACAGGUUCCGAUCCGGCCCAACACAACUACCUCCCGUCCGUGCUGUUUCUUGGCGCAGUGCUUGGGGUUGCAUUCGUUGCAAUUUACGUGCUUUGGCUGCAUUGCUUCCAGGGUACGCCCGGCAUCGGCGAUCUCACCGGUGCUGCCAGUGCGCUUGUCGGUGACAGUGGUGGCGAUGGUGGAGGUGGCGCUGGGUUGGCCAGCAUUCGGUACGAUCGAGUGCACACCAACGAACAGCCGGACGAGGACGAACCGUUCGAAGACGAUGAUGAAAGUGCGAGCAGUGACGACGAUGACGAGGGUGACUUGUUGUCCGUUUCGAUCGUCGCCCAAACUAUCGCUUCCAUCGAACGGUAAAACGGACGAAACGUACAAGCAAAAUGCAUAUUACGGACACGCGUACAUCAACGAACUAAAGGGAACAAAGGGAAAACUUAAAUCAAGGUAGUAAGGAGCACAGGAAAAGUAAAGCUCUUUUUCCUUUUUAUUGUGUACUUGAGUUAAACA